AUUCGGGUAUUUCUCUCCUUAUAGUAAAACCAUGUGAAUCGUCUCCUUGCAAAAAUGGAGCUACCUGUACGGACAAAGAUGAUACUUUUGAAUGUGCUUGCAAAGAUGGCUAUCUCGGUGAAACAUGCUCUGAGAGAAGUAUGUUGUUUUUGUUCAUUUGGUCGAGAGAAAUUUAGGAUUUCACUUAUAUUGACCUCUAGGGAGAACAGUUUAGGACUGAUGUAGCUAUUCAGCUAGUUUAAUAUAAGGCUCUACUCAGUGUAGCUACACCGGUUCAAAAAUGAGAUUUGGGGAGAACUAUUUAGAAAAGAUAGAGAUAUCAUGUAGAUAUCUAAUGCCUACAUACCUAUAUACAUAUACUAUUCUGUGCUUGCAUAAACUGGAACACUGGAACUAGCUAUAGCUAGGUAUGUGAGCAGAGGCGUAACUAGAGCGUUAAUUGGGGGGGGGGGGUGUAUAUUUUCUGCCCGACGAAUUUCUUUUAAAUUUCUUUGUUUUUAAGUUCAUUUAAAAAGAAAUUAGUCGGGCAGAACACGAAUAUAUGAAUAAACACCCCCCAAUUAACGCUCUAGUUACGCCUCUGUAUGUGAGUUAUACUAAUGUACUGUUUAAUAAACGAGCAGGAGUGUUUUAUUAGGUUUAAAGCCACGAGCGCACAGCGCGAGUUGUUUUAUUAGGUUUAAAGCCACGAGCGCACAGCGCGAGUUGUUUUAUUAGGUUUAAAGCCACGAGCGCACAGCGCGAGUGGCUUUAUAGACCUAAUAAAACACGACCUGCCAGUUUAUUAAACGGCUUCAAACACGACUACAAAUAACAAAUUCAACAGAUAUACUGCCUUAUUAGUAUUCUUUAUUCUUUUUUCCAAAAAUUGCUGGCGAGCGAGUGGAAGGUGAAAAUUUUUUUUUCGGAAUCAAACAUUUUUGCAGAACAAAGAGAAAUAGGGUCAAAAACAUUUUUUUCGGACUAAGAUCAAUUCAAUUAGGUUUAAAACACAUUUUCCCCGAAAAAACUUCUUAAAACACGAUGAAAAAGCUUAUUUUCGAAAUUUCAGGGAACACCCUUACACUGUACCUCCAAUAGGUCCUGUAAUUUUCCUUAAUGAAAAGUCUCUGCAUGAAUUUUUUUUUCAUACAUUUCUGGUGCACGAAUUUUUUUCUUUCUAUUUUCCCUGCUCGAAUUUUAUUUUUGUUCCCCCAUCACUUUUCUAAUGGUCCGCCCCUUAGGAGUGUUUUAUCAGGUUUAAAGCCACUGCACGUGACAUAUUAUGAUUGACAUGAUUUGCCAAUAAGCUUAUGAAUUAUUAAUGAGUGUUUGAAGUUUUUAUUGAGUAUAAACAAACGUUACCGAAUUGUCUGUUAGUAGUGAUAGACCCCACUAUGGAGUACAAAGGAUGCCGACAACGAUGUCACUUACUCACUUUGCUCAGCUAAAAUAAUAGUGAGUUUGAGCAAAAAUCUCUAAAUUCUUUUUUCUGACAGUUAAGGUUUGAUUUUUACCGAGCAUUUUAACCUCAAUUUUGUCUAUAACACAUUUUUGAGAGCGCUCCAAAAUAAUGCUGAUUUCAGCAUUUUUGAUCUUUUCAAAUGGAAUUAAUCGUUUGAAUUCAAAUAUUGGCGGAAUAACAUGCAAAACAUAUAAAAUACCCAGUUUUGUGACUCUUGUUUUAAAUUUUUCUGGUUUCAAGUGUAAUCCAAGAAUUUUGCCGCUCGUAUUCGAGAUUGACUUGUGGGCAAGUCUAGGUGUUUAUCUGAGAUUUCAAUUACCCCACCACGUUCCCAAAUGUCAUCCUCGAUGCACCCUCUAGUGUUAUUUAUAAUCUCUAUGGAUCACAUAGCAUCGACUCUAGCGGCGGAAGUAAUUAGUAUACUAGAAAAUACAUGCAUGCAGAAACCCUCGCCUUGCUGACAAAACCAUUGUAUUUUCCGAACAUGAAGUAUCUAAAGUUGUUGUCAUGGUAACACGAUAAUUUUUUAAGAAUAUUCCAGUAGACUUUCAUCCAGCUCGAUCAUUUCCGAAAAUUAAGGCUAUGUCUUAAUUUUUAAAAUGCGUUCAUUGCCUUAAUUUUAAACAUAACCCCCACCACAACCCUAACUUCUAACCCCUAACCCCCCUAACCGCUAACCCGAAUCCUAAUCUAAUCUUAGUCUAACCCUAAUCCAAACCUGGCGACCUUUUUUUUUUUUAAAACAGCGUUCAAAUUAAGACAUUGCCAUAAUUUUAAACAUAACUGUUAUAAUUAAUGACGUAAUUAUUACGUGGACACCACGCGUGUGUCACGCAAUUCUGCGAGCACAUGGAAUAUUAAUGUCUUGUGUGGAAGUUCUGAGUAGAGCGAGUUAAGAAGUGAUAUAUAAUUUUUAAAAGUUUAUUUUUGAUUUAAAAACGAGUUGAGUUCAAUUAUUCGAGUAUAGUUCAAUUUAUUACAUGGUCCUUCGAGCCGGAUAUGUCUACUGAAAAGAGUAAAAGAGCAAUUCGACGAGGAAAUCGAGCUUUCGUAACGAAAGUUAUUCAGACGGCAAAUGACGCCAUUGACAAGUUUGGUGGAACUCAGGCGGAGAAAGAUGCGUUAGAGGGUUGUAAAAUCACGUUAAUCGAUAAGAAAGAAUCCAUAAGAAAGCUUGAUGAAGCUAUUCUGAAUGAAAUUGAAGAUGAAGAGAAGAUUAUGAAAGAUAUAUUUCAGGCUGGCGAAGUGGGUGAGUCGAUCAAUAAAAUGCUUGUUAAAAUUGACAAUGUUUUGAAGACAGUUGAAGCGAGCAAUGUGUCCUCGCCAGGGGGACUGGGUACAACCAUGCCUAGCGUAAGUCAGCCAAUGUACCCCUCAUCAGCCAGAGCAAAAUUACCGAAACUGUCCUUGAAGAAAUUUGCUGGAAAUCCUACUGAUUGGCAAUCAUUUAACGAUAGCUAUAAAGCUGCUGUUCACACUAAUGACAGUUUAUCUAAAGUUGACAAAUUCAACUACUUGAAAAGUCUGGUGGAGGGUCCGGCAGCUGCAGCAAUCGCAGGGUUUUCGUUAACUGAUGAAAACUAUGAGACUGCUUUUAAACUUUUGGAAGAGAGAUUUGCAAAUCCACAAAUUAUAGUUUCCAGUCAUGUUGAAGCCCUAUUGAAGUUGGAACCUGUUUCUAAUAUACAUGAAAUUGUCAAGAUUCGAAAGCUGUAUGACAGUAUUGAAACGCAUAUUCGUAGUCUAGCGAAUUUGAACAUAGAAAGUGAAACAUAUGGGACUCUUCUGAUUCCAAUGAUUCUUGCUAAACUUCCAGAGGAAAUGCAGUUGUUGAUAAGUCGGAAGGUUGGCAAGGAUGAUUGGAAAUUAGAUGAGCUACUUAAGGAAUUUAGAAUUGAGUUAGAGGCUCGAGAAAGGUGCUUGUUGUUACAAAGCACUACAGAGAAAAAGGACGGUACCAGGAGAAAAUAUGAGCCUAGUACAUCAUCAGCACUUUUCACGGGAAGUGACAAUCGUUCAAUUCAGAAAUGUACGUACUGUGGGGAACAACAUUUAUCAUCACGGUGUAAUAUAAUUACAGAUAUUUCAGCACGUAGAGCUAUUCUCCGAAAAAAGGGACGGUGUUUUGCAUGUUUGAAGUCUGGUCAUAUAGUCAGACAUUGUCCUUCCAAGUUUAAAUGCCCGAAAUGUGGAAAUAACCAUCACAUUUCUCUCUGUGAAGGUAUAAAACCAAGGGAGGACCCUACCAAACCCAACCAGAAUCAAAAUCAACAACCACCCUUUCAGGCCAAGGGAAAUGAAGCAUCAACUAAUGUUUGUGCAAACAGCAAUGUCUCGGUGCUUUUGCAAACUGCAAAGGCUAUGGUGGGAAACCCUAAUGUCCCCCAACAGCAGAAAUUGCAAUCGAGAAUUGUUUUCGAUUCCUGCAGUCAGAGAUCUUAUAUAUCAAAUCGGCUGAAGAAUUCAUUGGGUGUCCAACCUGUUAAUAAACAAUCCCUUUUGGUUAAAACUUUGGCAAUGACUCCCCAAAAUUGAUGUUGUGUGAUCUAGUCCAAGUCUCUAUUACAGCCACUGAUGGCUUGGAAUUGUAUGUCAAUGCCUUUAGUGUCCCUGUAAUAUGUAGUCCGAUUUCGAACCAAGCAGUAGAAGUAGCAGUGGAGAAAUACCCGCAUUUAAAUGGUUUAGACUUAGCAGAUAACAGUAGUCCUUCUAUUGAAGUCGACAUUGACAUUCUAAUUGGAGCUGACUUCUAUUGGAACUUUGUGUCUAAUGAGUCAAAAAGAGGUGAAGGACGUGGACCUGUUGCCCUGUCAACUAGGCUAGGGUGGGUUUUGUCUGGCCCCAUUGAUAACCUUAGUGAAGAAUCUAGUUCCACAACCAACUUCGCUGCAACUCAUGUAUUACGGAUUGAUGCUACCCCAGUUCAGGAUAACCAAAACCCGAACAUGACUGAGCAACUUAAAAAAUUUUGGGAGUUAGAGUCUAUAGGCAUUCGGGAUGACGAAAGUUCAGUCUAUGACAAGUUUGUUGAAGACGUUAGAUUUAAUGGGGAGAGGUAUGAAGCAAAAUUACCCUUUAAAGAGCACCAUCCCACCAUCCCUGAUAACCAUGCUGUUAGUGUAAAAAGAUUAGGAAGAUUAGUUCAUCGACUCCAAGAUCAACCUGCUCUUCUUACUGAAUAUGAUAAGAUAAUUCAAGACCAAGUCCAGAAGGGAAUUGUAGAACCUGUUGACCCACAAGUUAUCCCAAAGGCUGGAAAUGUACACUACCUACCCCACAGAGAAGUUGUGAGAGCUGACAAAGACACUACGAAAGUUAGAGUGGUUUACGACGCGUCAGCUAAGACAACAGGACCUAGUUUAAAUGAAUGUUUGUAUACUGGACCUUCUCUAACCCCACUGAUUUUCGACAUCUUGCUGCGUUUCCGUGUCCACUCGGUUGCCAUGACAGCUGAUAUAGAGAAAGCCUUUUUGAACGUUGCAGUCGCGGAGGAACAUCGUGACUUUCUUAGAUUUUUAUGGUUAAAUGACCCCUACAGCAGCAGCCCAAGCGUUAUACACCUCAGAUUCGCCAGAGUUGUGUUUGGAGUUACGUCAAGUCCGUUCAUUUUAAACGCUACCAUUCGUCAUCAUGUUAAUCAAUAUCUGCUGAAUGAUCCAGAGUUUGUCUACGAGCUUUUGCGAUCCCUCUACGUCGAUGACUAUGCAUCUGGUUGCGAGAGUAUACCUAGAGCGUUAGACCUAGCAAGAAAGAUUAAAUAUCGACUUUCGACAGGAGGUUUCAACAUGCGUAAAUGGCAGACUAAUUCACCAGAACUCAAGCAAGUGUUCCAAGUAGAUCCCGAUUUCGCUGAAGAUAUUCCUAGUCCUACUGCAGAUCCUUUACCAACUAUGAACGAAGAAGAUUGUGGUUACACAAAAUCAGCUCUUGGUGGCCAGAAUGAUGUGAACAGUAAAGUCCUUGGUCAAACGUGGAAUGUCCUGAAUGACGAGUUUGAAAUUAAUUUAGCCAAUGUUGUAGCUGGUUAUGAUCCAAAGAGUUGUACAAAGCGAAUUGUGUUGAGCAUUACAGCAAAGUUUUAUGACCCCCUGGGGCUGAUAUCACCUGUUAUUCUUCAAUUAAAGCUGUUGUUCCAAGAAUUGUGCAAGAGUAACGUUGAGUGGGAUGAACAAUUGAGCGAACAGUUUUGUAAAGUAUGGGAAACAAUAUUCUCCAACUUGAGGAACGCCAAAGUGAUUUCUAUUCCACGCUGUUACUUUCAAGAAACACGAACAGGGUUAAUCGAGUUGCAUGCAUUUUCCGAUGCAAGCGAGUCGUCGUAUGGUGCUUGCGUGUAUAUCUUAUACGAGCAUGAAGCAGGAGUUAAAUGCAAUUUAGUCGCCUCUAAAACAAGAGUAGCACCCAUGAGUGAACAGUCGAUACCACGUCUUGAAUUGCUUGGAUGUUUAAUCUCGGCACGAUUAGUUGAUAACAUUCGUAAGGCAUUACAAGACGUCUUAAAGAUCCAUGCUAUUUUCUUCUGGUCCGAUUCAACGGUUGCACUAAGCUGGAUAAGGAGUGUGUGUAAAGAGUACAAACAGUUUGUAGAAAAUAGAGUUCAGGAAAUUCGAAGAUUGACAGAUCCAAAGGAUUGGAGAUAUUGCCCAACAAAAGACAAUCCAGCAGAUAUUGCCUCAAGGGGAGAAUCAGUAUCGAAGCUCGCGGCGGAUGAUAAGUGGUGGUAUGGUCCUACCUUUUUACUAAAUCCCAAGGAUUCGUGGCCUGUACAGCCGUCGCACGGGGAAGAAAGCAAGAAUACGUGGCAAGAGUUGAAGACAUCCAAACAGACUGUGAUGGCGGCGGUCGUUGAUACUGAUGUACAACCAGAGCACAGUAUAGAGAACUUGCUAAAGCCUUCGAAGUAUAGUAAGUUAGAAACUUUACUUCGUGUAACAGCCUAUGUGCAGAGAUUCGUUGACAAUGUAAAACGAAGUUUGAAAGGUGAGGAAAUUUUGAAGGGUCUUCUAACUGCUGAAGAACUAGAGGUGGCCGAGAAAUCCUGGAUUAAGCAUGUGCAAGCUUCCUUAACAAAGCUGCCAAAAUAUAAUAAAAUGAAACGAUCUUUAAGCUUAUUUGUGGACGAUGAGCAACUUAUCCGUUGUCAUGGUCGAAUCGAAAAGUCAAAUCUACCCAACGAAACGAAGUUUCCUAUGUUAUUACCCAGCGAUCAUGAUUUUACUAAUCUCGUAGUUCUGCAUUGUCACACUGAAGUUAUGCAUAAUGGCGUUCGGGAAACUGUAACUCAAGUUAGAUCGAGAUAUUGGAUCGUAAGAGGGCGACAAGUAGUGAAGAAGAUUAUCGCUCGAUGUUUAACAUGUAAACGAUUAGAGGGCAAAUCUUACGGAGUGCCGCCAGCACCUCCCUUGCCAGAAUACCGUUUAGAUAACGACGUUGCCUUUUCAAGAGUAGGAGUUGACUAUGCUGGCCCAUUAUUCGUGAAGAACAUAUAUUCUAAGGACAGUAAAAUGUAUAAAGCGUACAUUGUACUCUACACAUGUGCGUCGAGUCGCGCAGUUCAUUUAGAUCUCGCCGUUGAUGCAACUAGUGAAACAUUUAUACGUAGUUUCAAGAGGUUUAUGAGUCGCAGAGGAAUACCAGGAACAAUGAUUUCAGACAAUGGCAAGACAUUUAAGUCGAAAGAAUUGAAAGAAUUUUGUACAUCGAAAAGAAUCAAGUGGGUACAUAUUGUUGCACGUUCCCCAUGGUGGGGAGGCUUCUAUGAACGUUUAGUUCGGUCAGUUAAAAGAUGUUUAAAGAAAGUUCUACGAACUGCCCGAUUGACUUACGAAGAAUUGCUCACGUUGUUGAUUCAAAUAGAAGGCGUGUUGAAUUCUCGUCCUCUCACUUACUUGUAUGAAGACAACGAUGAACCGUUAACCCCUUCGCACCUUGUACUAGGAAGAAGAGUACUUACUCCAGCGAAGAGCGUAAGUUCAGGUAUAUCAGACGAAGUUGACACCGCAGAAAGAGCAACACGACGCGAAAGACAUUUAAAAACUGUUUUAACGCACUUCUGGAAAAGGUGGAAACAAGAAUACUUAACUCAAUUGCGUGAAUAUCAUCGUCCUCGCGAAGCGAAGGGUCCAAGUGUUAACAAAGGUGAUGUUGUUGUCAUUGCAGAAGACAACGUGAAACGUUUAAACUGGAAUAUUGGACAGAUCGAAAAGUUGUUAACGGGUCGCGAUGGAAAUACUCGAGCAGUCGUGGUGCGUACUAUCGGUAAAGACGGAAAGGUGACUACGUUGGAUCGGCCUAUUCAAAAGUUGUAUCCUUUAGAACUUAAAUUGGAACAGGAGCAUCCUGAAAACUUUCCAAUUACGUUUGUUAAGCAUGGACUUAAGGAAAACUGAUUAGAUUUAAUUACUUAUUUAUAUCGUUGAAUGGUUCUCACCAGUCAAGGUGGGGAGUAUGUUAUAAUUAAUGACGUAAUUAUUACGUGGACACCACGCGUGUGUCACGCAAUUCUGCGAGCACAUGGAAUAUUAAUGUCUUGUGUGGAAGUUCUGAGUAGAGCGAGUUAAGAAGUGAUAUAUAAUUUUUAAAAGUUUAUUUUUGAUUUAAAAACGAGUUGAGUUCAAUUAUUCGAGUAUAGUUCAAUUUAUUACAAUAACCCCCACCCCAACCCCCACCCUAACCUCUAAUCCAUAACCCCCCUAACCGCUAAUCCUAAUCUAAUCUAAUCUAAUCUUAGUCUAACCCUAAUCCAAUCCAUAUCUGGCGUCCUUUCUUCUUUCUUUCUUCUGCGAACAUCACGUCAGCGUUCGUCAGCAUCAAUCUGGCCACAGAAUAGAAAAUAGUCUAUUAUAUAUUCUAUGAUCUGGCGUCAAUUCCUCAAAUCAACGGUUUUUCUUGAAAUUCACAAAAUAUGCUCAAAGUGUACGCUGCAUAUUCUGUAAUUAUUGCGUAAAUAUUUUACGCUUUUGCUUUUAAGCCGUGUCUUCCUGUUGCGAUGACCCAUGUGAUAAAAUCAAGAAAUGUUUGCUAUUUCGCUGUCGUCAUGCAGUCGUUAUAAUGCAAACUUUAAAUUGGACCAAUCAGUGUCCGCUAUUCAUAACAGUCCGCCAUAUUCAGUUGAGAUCAGUGAGGAUGACCACCCACCGAACCACUCACGGUAACCCCACGCCCGCGCUCAUUGAUGAACUUUAGAUGAAAUCUCAAAUGACCUCCAGUGGAACGUCCAUAUUGGUGAAAUAAUUAGAAAAACUAAUAAGCGUAUGUGCUUCCUAAUUUUACUAAAACGUUCUGGAGUGCCAACUGCGGUUAGACCUCUGUUGGAAUACUGCUCGCAGGUUUUCCACCAUUCCCCCCCCCCGAAAUAUUUGUGUGAUGACUUGGAAAACGUCCAAAAGAGAGCGCUGGCUAUCAUUUCCCCGAACCAGUCAAAUGAACAUAACCUGCAGAAGUUUAACUAACUACUUAAAAAAAAUAGACGUAUAAAUUUAUGCGACAAGUUAUUCUCGUCCAUCAAGAGUUCGGAAUCACAUAAGUUACACAAUCUUCUACCUCCUUUGCAAGAGGAAAACUAUGACAUUAGGAAGAAGCGAGUCUUCAAUAUUGCAAUGAUACGCACUGAACGCUUUAAGCGGACUUUUAUUCCUUCGAUGUGCAAGUCUUAAUACAAUUUGAUCUUUGUAGUUAAAAAUUUUCUUGAACUGUCUUAUAUCUAAACUUAGCAUUUAAUGUAAUUUUAAGUUCGUGUUAUAAUAGCUUGUAAAUAGAUUACGCAAUUCAGCUUUUAUGAGCUGCAAUGUAAACUUUUUAAUUAAACUAUCUAUCUAUCUAUCUAUCUAUCUAUCUAUCUAUCUAUCUAUCUAUCUAUCUAUCUAUCUAUCUAUCUAUCUAUCUAUCUAUCUAUCUAUCUAUCUAUCAACAUCAUCCUCAAAACUCUUAAAAGAACUUGGCUGGAUGAAUAUUCAGGAAAUGAGGUAUAAACAAAAGGCUAUGAUGAUGUAUAGAAUAGUAAAUGGUAAUGCACCAUCUUAUCUAAUAGACAUAUUUCAACAUUGUCAUGCUUUGGAUAUAUAUAAUCUCAGAAGGUCUAAAAUAACCUUCGAACUUCCAAAAAAUCGAACACUGUAUUACAAUUCAAGUUUUGCCUUCACUGGUGCUAAAUUAUGGAAUUCUCUUCCGGAUGAGAUAAAAGACGCACCAUCACUUAAAAUAUUUGUAAAAAUGUUAGACUCGACUAUAUUCUGUGCCAACUAUCUAUCUAUCUAUCUUUAGACUUGGCUGAUGCUUUCGUUUUCCCGGGUGUAAAUAGCCGGGGGGGGGGAUUAGUACCCUCGCAACGGCGCCGUUGGCUCGGGGACAACGUCACAAUAGCGUCGCGUUACCAUUAGGUUGCGUUACAUGGUUACGUCAUCUGUCACAGAACUCAAUAGGGAGCUUAAGAUACCCCAAAUCUACGAUGCGGACGCAACGAAAAACUGCCGCUAUUAUCACAGUUUUGCCUCACAUGUAAAAACUUAUUGACUUUAUUGAUUUUAUUAAAAACGGUACUAUUUCGCCAGAUUAAUGAAUUAUUUACAAAAAUAUUAAUUAGAAAUAAAGAAGAAGGAAAAAAGAGAAGGUGAUCUUCAAAUAUAUAGCUAUAGACCGUGUGCUAGCAUUAUAUCAAUAUAUUAUAUAAAUUAUCAAUAGUUUUAGAAUUAAUUCAAUGGCUGAUAUAAAUUUUCAGUGUUAGUGUACUCGCUUCAUUUUGGUUUUAAAGCUAGAGAUACCUUUCGAUGAUUUCAUUGCAUUGAUGAUUUCAGUAUGAAUGGCUGUUGGCAAAAAAAGCCAGGGACGCGGGAAAAACAAAGUAAAACUAGUCUCCAAAUAUUAUUAGCGACUGUUUUUUAGUCGCGUUCAUUUGGUGCAUCUUAAGCUCGCUAAUGACGUAACUCAAGACCGAAGCAGUCAUUAAGCUGAGCUCAGCAUUUUCAUUACAAAAGACGACGCUUGUUAUACAUGUUUAUAGGUUCGUUUGAGAAUAAUCAUUUCGCUGUGAAAGUCAUAGGAUGGAGUGUCUGCAUGGAAAAGCCGCAUCUUACAAUUUAUUGGAAGGAAUAUAUACAGGAAGUUCAGAGACUUCGUGUGGAAUCUUGGAAUGGUUGUCAUAUCGGUCAUCCUAGUCAAGGGCAACAUGACUACCUCGUUCAUGAACGAAAACGAACGAUGGUAAAUGUAUGGUUUACAAGCGAUUAAACAAGCGAAUGCUAAGCGUAUGGUUUGGAGUGAAUUCGCUGAGGCAAUGAAGGUACUAAACUGAGGGUUGACAGCGAUGCACUUGAACAUUUACAGCAGCUGGAAAAAGAUCUACGUGUGCCGAUUCACUGAUGGAACUACAUCAAAACACUGAGGACCACAAACUACAAUGUAUGCUGAACUAUUUGUUUCAUUGGAGAUUAGAAGUCCGGCUCGAGUCAGCAGCUGAAACGUUUUUUCUCUUGGAUUCAAUGAUUCAAUCUAAGAUUCAAUGAUUCAAUCGUAGAGUCAAUGAUUCAAUCUUAGGAUUCAAUCUAAGAUUCAAUGAUUCAAUCUUAGGAUUCAAUUAUUCAAUAUUAGGAUUCAAUGAUUCAAUCUUAGGAUUGAAUUGUUCAAACUAGGAUUAAAUUAUUUAAUCUAGGAUUCAAUGAUUCCAUUUUAUGAUUCCAUGAUUCAAUCCAGGAUUUAAUGAUUCGAUCUUAGGAUUCAAUGAUUCAAUUUUAGGAUUCAAUGAUUUAAUCUACGAUUCAAUGAUUCAAUCUUAGGAUUCAAUGUUCCAAUCGUAGGAUUUAAUGAUCCAAUCUUAGGAUUCAAUGAUUCAAUCUUGGGAUUCAAUGAUUCAAUCUAUAUUCGCAAAAAGUAUUUAAAGUCAUGUUUCUCAAGUAAAUGAACCAUUUAGGCUCCAACUUUAGAAUAUAGAUGACGUAAUUUGAUGUGUACAGACCAUUUGUAGAGCUCCUGUCUAUUUCUCAUCCAACUCAACAACAUGCUCUUCUUAAUUCUGCAUCGGCUGAGCGAAUUCGAUGCUUGUGUCAUUGUAUAGAAAAUUUAACAUACUCUAAACGAAGGACAUCUCAAACCUUUUAAACAAGAUAUAGCUGAUUUAGCGCACAGAAGUAGAAGUUUUAGAACGAAAAAGUAAAUUCUUGUUCAGCGAGGGAGGAUUGGUACUUGGACCACUUUUAAAAGGGCUUGCAGAAUUAGUAUAAAUUAAUCAGCAUUAAGAUCAUCUCCACAUUCCAAUCAUGGAUAGCGACAAGCGAUCAUCUCCUGAACAGUGGAGACUUGAAGACAUUCUUAAAUACCUUGACGUUCAUGAUGAACACGAAGUCGAAGAAAUCUUUCAUUCUAUUUUAACGUCUACGGGGAUUUUGACUUGGAAUGGAAAAGGAGAAAUCGUUUACAGAGGACAUAAUAUACGAGGAACUGACAUUGUAGACCUUCUGAAAUAUUGUGUGACGCCUUAUCAUCCAGAUAUUCCCGAAUCAACUGGAUUGAGCAUUUUUAUCAAAGGUCUUGCAGAAUUGGAAAUUGAUAAAAGCUGUCCACAUUGUCGCCGAGAUGAAGUUAUGGAUGUCAGAACGGAUGAAAGACAGUCUUUUGACCAUAAAAUAGGCGAACAAAGUGACAUUUGAUCAGUUGACUGUGCACUAAACUACUGUUAAACUGAACACAUCAAUAGGGCAGAGAGGUACACUUUUUGUAGACACGAAAUUAUUCAAAGAUCAUUACUUGAGACAGAAACGUGGUGGAAAUGUCGUUGGGUAUCGUAGUGCACGUACGCAGAGAGGAUAUGGGAUCGGGGUAUUUUCAAGAGCCUUGCGAUAUAUACUAUCGCUCUAUUCAAAGAAGGUGCUAAGGUUAUUGACAAAAGAGCAUUACAAGCUGGAACAGAAGUUGGUCAAGAUGUACUCCAAGGACAAAACGUAAUAGAAUCUGUAAAGACUCACGGAAGAGAGGUUGUUAAAGACUUUGCCGAACAAGGAGCAAAGGCCCUAUCACAUUAGGCAGGGCGCAGAAGCAAGAGAAGGCAAGGCCAACGUAGUAAUUUAUCAACUACAAAAAGGCUAAAACUGUGUUCUCAUAUAGCAGUCCCAAGACGUACCAAAUGGAUUACGGAAGAUGAAAGCAGCCACGACAAUGAAUUCGGAUAGCGAAACUUCUCAAACAAGUGACAAUAUAUGUAUUAGAUUAUACGUAUUACAUUUCUUUUGUAUUUUCCUUAAUUACCUCAACCUUUGUGUUUUACGUAUGGGGAUUACCUGACAGCGCUGCCAUCAGAAUAUUUAUAUUUCUAACGGAGUUGUUUCUAGCAAUAAAAACUAUAUAUACUAACCUGGUAAAACCGUCGUUUUAAUCCUGUUUCAUUUAAAGUUACAUAAGCAGUGUGCUAUAUCUUUGAGAAACUUUAUAUUAUUUGCUAUAGUAAAGCGUCGCAUUUGCUAUUGUGUUUUAAAUCUAAGUUUUUGUGCAAGUGUAUGUCCGUGACUUGGUAACGUUACUCUAUUGUGAUGUAAAUCGGUAACGCAACGGGUAUUACUACUUCUGUUAAUUUAGGUUUCUCCUUUAGACUGACACUGAAGCAAUACGGUCCGGGACGGUCGUUACUGGAUCUCUAGGAAGAACGGUUUAGAACUGAUAGAGCUGUUCAGUAUAAAUAAAGUUAGUUGUGAUAUACUACACAGGUCUAACCAAAAUCCUAUAUUGUCAUUUUAAUUUUUAGUCCAAUGUGAAAAUCCGCUGGACCUUUUGUUCGUUGUCGAUGCAUCAAGUUGGCAAAGUGCAGGCGACUUCACUCACGUUACUGAUUAUAUGUCUGACCUCAUAGACUGGCUAAAGAUAUCUGAUCUUGCUGUUAAAGCUGGAGUGAUAGCGUUUAGUUAUAAAGGCGACACAAGAGUGAUAUUUUUACCUGACGCGUAUUCUGAUGCCAGUCAGCUAAAAAACGCGAUCGGUAACUUGAAGAAGAAUGGUCCAAAAAUAUUUUAUGGUCAUGAAGGGUACACCGCGAAGGCCUUGAAACUGGCGAAUGACGAGGUAGGCUUACUUGGUAGAGAUUUUAAUGUAUAUACAGCAAUUUUCAUACAUGUGAGAGCAAUUUUCAUUAUUUUCAUAUUUUGUCCAGGUUUUCACGACAGCAGACCAACAUCCCAACGCAGCAAAAGCAAUUGUUCUUCUAACUCCACAAGUUCCUUUAGACAGCAAGUCGGACGCAAUUGAAGAAGCUAAAGAGCUCAGAGCCAAAGGAGUUAAGAUUGUUUCUAUCGAUUUGGUGAAUGUCUUUAAAGCUUUUUUUAAGGAUCAAUCUGUGUAUAAGGAGCUAACCAAGAUAUCCAGUCCACUUAAGCCUAUUGCCUCAGCUUAUGAUAAAUUGGAUGAGCAUGUUCGAGAGGUCACUAACCUGUUGUGUUCGUGUAAGUUCACUUUUAACGUGGUGGUGACAGAAAGUGAUGUUGAUGUUGAUGGCUGUGGUGAUGAUGGUGGUGAUGAUGAUGGUGAUGAUGACAGUGUAUGACAUUGGUACUGGUGAUGAUGGUGGUGAUGAUGACAGUGUAUGACAUUGGUACUGGUGAUGAUGGUGGUGAUGAUGAUGGUUGUGAUUGUGGUGAUAUUCGUGAGUUCAUUCAAUUAUUAAAAGGCAAAUUAUAUUUUGAAUUUCUCCAGUCACGAAGGACCCUUGUGAAGAUAUGGAUUGUGGAAAGAGAAAGAUCUGUUCUUAUGAUCGCGAUACAACUUCAUGUAUAUGUAACAAAACGAAUUGUGAAGGUAAUAAUUUUAAUCGCUUCUAGUUUUAGGCUGGCAGCUGUUUUAUGACAUGCAGUUGGUGUGUUUCCGUGAGUGUUACAACGCAGCUGACGAUGGUGGUGAACUUUAGAAAUGUUGAUAUUUAUAGAAGAAAGCAAACUAAACUAUAUCUCUAACGUUUACCUAUUUUCCUCUGAAUACAACAUCAUCACAUAAUUUUAUAAUGAGAAGAACUAACGCUAUUUUUUCACUCUGAUAACUGAUGUGUUUAGUGAAACAUUGAAACCCACCAUGAAAAAGUUUGAGUAAUUUGUAAAAUUGUUUCUUCAUUUAGUUCAACCUUGUGAUGAGACGCCGUGUAAAAACGAUGGAGAAUGUGAAAAUGUGGAUAAAGAAACGUUUAAAUGUAACUGCACUGAAGCCUGGACAGGUGAAACCUGCGAAGAAAAAG